GUCCGCUUUAUAACUAGGAGCGCUGCGCAAUCAACUGUGCACUUAGCUCCGGAGAAGGCCAACACAAACUACAACCCUGGAGAAGGCCAACACAAACUACAUCAGGGCAAAAUGGAAAGCAUACAUGAAAUCAUCCCAUUCGCCAAGGAGAUGCUGAGCACGAAGCCCAAUCGAGGAAUGCUGAAAGUGUACCUCGUCGGCUCCGUGUUUGCUGUACUUGGGACCAUCAUUGGCCUGGUAGAGACCGUCUGCCUACCCUUGUCCUCCAGCGAACCACUAGACACCGAGAUGGCACUCAUGAUGGCCCGGGAGCGGAGGGCUCAGGAGGCGGCCAACCUGCGCAGGAUAGAAGAUGAGGAGGUCCAGAUGACGCAGGAGGUCACACAGAAGGACGCUCCUCUCGCAAAGACGCACGAGCAGGGCCACAGAAGCGUGGCUAACCGGCUGCACGCAUCCUAAAGGGGGUUCUCCUCAGGGACUUUAAAGACUUAUUUAUUAGGGACCGUGAGUUCCUGCCACGCCAAAUGCGGUGCGCCAAAACGCACGCAGUAAGCUUUAAGCAGACAGGCGAUAGUGUCUGCGCUGUCUGCGCAAUAUUGCGCCGCUUGCUAGGACUUACACAGCACCAUGGCUGCUCUAAAGUAUUCUACUGGGGCGUAUAAGGAAGCAUUAGGUCCUGCAUUGCACUGCCAAUUUCCAAAUAAGAUAUUGCAGAACGCUGUUGUGCUGUGCGCCACAGCGGUGCCUUCUGAGCGGUCACUCCUUCCUCCCGUGCCAACGCAAGUGACGUUUUGUACAUGUUUCAAUGUUGUACAUAUUAAGUGUUUUCGAUACCAAUAAAGACCUAUAAGCAUAUUA